AUGCCUGACGCCCACCACACCCCCAUCCCUUCGCCGGAUAGCAUAUCCGACAAAGAGUUUCACGCCCUUCUCGAAAGAUAUCCAGCAUGUAUCUCGGCAAUUUCCGAUGCCAAAGGAGCCAAACCAGGACAGAAGACGCUUGUCAGCCUGGAUGAAUAUCGAUACAAGACGGCUCCCAACACCUUCGGCGCCGGCGGCUCAACGAAGCUGCCGAUGGAUCUUGAUGAUGUCAAAACCCUGGUAGAGUGGAAACUUCGCCACGGAAAGUUUCGGCCCACCCUGAUGAAACUCCUUUCGUCAAACGAUGCUUCUUUCGUCAGGGAUGCCGUCCAGCAAGCCGUCAAGCACUAUCGAGACAAGGCCGACGUGUUCGGCGCCAUAGAACUCUUGACCCAGCUUAAAGGUAUCGGGCCGGCCACCGCGUCGCUGCUUCUUGCUGUGCAUGACCCGGAGGAUGUCAUCUUCUUUUCUGACGAGGCUUUCUACUGGCUCUGUUGCGGGGGCUCUAGAACGCCCCUCAAGUAUAACAUGAAAGAAUAUACCGAGCUAACUGAGCGGUCUAAUGCAUUGACAAAGCGACUUGGCGUAAAAGCUGUCGACGUGGAGCGUGUGGCAUAUGUAUUGUUUAACGACCAAUCUCCGGGCCAGCGUCAAACCGAGUCCACGAGUUGCGCUUUUGAACUGCAGCCCUCAUCCUCGGCCAACACGACGGACGAGAAUAAAAAACAAGACAAGCAAAUAGCAAAGAGGAAGUCUUCGGCUGUGCAAGUUGAUGUCGAAACCUCUCUUCGCCGCUCCAAACGAGGGAAACAGGCCUGA